AUGUCACAGCCUGUGAAGAAUGUUUUAGUAAAGCUAAUAGUUGGUGCUGGACAAGCCGCUCCCUCCCCACCUGUCGGUCCAGCUCUAGGUUCUAAAGGUAUCAAGGCAAUGGAUUUUUGUAAGGAAUUUAAUGCACGUACAGCCAAUUAUGCACCAGGAGUUCCUGUUCCAGUGCUUAUAACAAUAAAGCCGGAUAGAUCUUUCAAGUUUGAACUUAAAUCUCCUCCUACUGGAUAUUUAUUAUUAAAGGCUUUAGGUCAAGAAAAAGGCCAUGGCACCCCAGAUAUAAAAAAGCCAAGUGGGACAUUAGGCGAAUUGUCACUAAAGCACAUUUACGAAAUAGCCAAGAUUAAGAAGACCGAUGGUAGACAUGUAUCUCUUGAUAUGGAAUCAAUUGUGAAAUGUACCAUUGGCGUUGCAAGAAGUAUGGGCAUAAAGGUUGUUCCCUGA